AUGAAGUACGAAACGGACUACACCAUGGAGGACAUUAUGUCUCUUGCAUCCAAGGUGUACACUGCUAAAGACGUAAGUGCACCUAUUUCGUCUGGAUCUUUUCAUCAUGAUGGUAUGAUCGUUGUGCCUUGCUCCAUGAAAACAUUGGCAGGCAUCAGAAUGGGCUACACUGAAGACCUAAUUGUAAGAGCUGCGGAUGUUACUUUGAAGGAGAGAAGAAAAUUGCUUUUGGUGACUAGGGAGACUCCGCUCUCGGAUAUACAUUUAGAGAAUAUGCUCUUUUUGUCAAGAAUGGGAGCUUACAUAUUCCCACCAGUUCCGGCGUUCUACACUAGGCCCCAGACAGUUGACGAUAUUAUAGAACAGAGCAGUGGUAGGAUUUUGGAUUGUUUCGGAAUAGAUACCAACAGCUUUCCCCGUUGGGAGGGUAUCAAGAAUACCAAGACUCAUAAAAACAAAAUAUAG